AUGAAUUUUGAUAAUGAUGAAUUUGAUGAUUUAUGUAAAGGUUUUGAAACUCAGAAAAAUUUAAAUAAAAGCAAAAAAAAUUCUAUGGAAAUAGAUAAGGAAGUUAAAUUAGAUGAAAUAGCACAAGUUAUGGAUGAUUCUUUAGAGAUUUUUAAACUUUCUGAAUUCGAAGAGGUUUUUCUUUUUUCAUAUUUUGACUUGUCACCAGCAGUUCUUAUCGAUUUUGCUUCCCGACAGAAUUUAAAUUCUAUAUCACAAAAAUCUGAAAUAAAAGAAAUUUUAUUGAUAAAUAUUAGAAUAAGAUCAAAGGAACCUUAUUUAGUUACGCGUAUAAGUAUUAAAGAUAUAAUUAUAUAUAAAACCUAUCAAUAUAUUUCCAGCAGUGAUGUAUUUGAUCCUUUUCAAAAAUCACAAUCACAAGCCAAAUUAUCUGAACAUCUUGCAUAG